AUGGGCUCGGGCCGCAAGCAUCAGUCGGCGUCACGGAUGCCCAUCGUCUACUCUGGAUGCGUUCUCCUCGUCUUCGUUCUCAACAUGUACUACUUUGGCUACGCUGGCAGCGCCAGCCCGCGCCUCAAGCAUCACGUGGGCGAAGCGCCGUCCGUCGAACUCGCCGCCACGACGACAACGUCGCAGUGCUGGUUUGACGGGCCCACUGGCCAACGCGUGCCAACGGAAGACCUCGAGCACUUGAGCCUUCUCCACUCUGCGUGCAUGGAAGAGUCGGACGAUAUCAUCACGUGGUACUAUGGGUCGCCCGUCAAGGGGCCGUACCCGACGCGGCUCAAGCGUGACGACCCGCGCGUGCUCGACGAGCUUCGCCGGUGCCCGGACAUUGAUAUCUUUUUGCCCAACGGGCUUCGCGGCGCGGGCUACUGCGAAGACGGCGGCGCCUACACCAAGUAUGGCCACUCGCGACUGCUGCCGCAAUGGGUGCUGGACGAAGAGUUCUUUGACGCGCAGCGCAACCGCAAGGUGACGUACCACGACCUGUGCCCGCGGACGCCGAUUAUCUUCUUCAACCACUACUGGCCGUCGCAGCCGUGGCCCAAGCACAAGCCCAUGUACCUGAUGCCCAACAUUGAGAUGGGCCAGCUCAAGGCGCCCGACUACUGGAGCGCAGACGUGAUCAUCUGCAAGUCGCGCGACUGCCACCACCGCGUCACCAAGUGGCUCGAGCAAGAGGGCAACCCGCGCGGCACCGCUGUCUUCUACACCCGGCACACGACCGCCGACAUUGCGGGCCACAUUGCUCGCAAGCUCGGCCCUGGCGCCGUCAAGCCGAAAGACUAUGGCAAAAACAUCCGGUUCACGCACACGGCGGGUGGCAGCGUGAGCAAGGGCACGGACCAGGUCAUCGAGUGCUGGCUGUCGCGCCCGGACUUGCCGCCGCUCGACCUCUUCAUGAGCCCGGGUCUGUACAACCUUGGGUUCGGCGACAAGUUUGGCGCGCAGAUCGCGGCCGCUUCCAACAUGAACUUUCACCACACGGGCCUCGACGAGGUGUCGUUCGGGAAGCUCAUGGCCGAGGCCGGCUUCUUCCUCUGCGCGAGCACGUGGGAGGGGUAUGGGCACUACAUCAACCAGGCGCGCGCGGCGGGCGGUGUCAUUAUCACCACGAACGGCCCGCCGAUGAACGAGCUCAUCGUGCCGCCGGUCAGUGGCGUGUACGUCGAGACGACCGCGCGCUUCCAUCCGCACCAGAUUCUGGGCGGCGAGUUUGACGGCGAGCACGGGCUGCGCGACGUGACGGGGCUCAAGGCCGACCACACCAAGGAAGCGCUCUGUGAUGCGGUCGACUACGUUCUGAGUUUGUCCGAAGCCGACCGCAAGGCGCUGGCGCAUGGCGCCGAGCAGGCGUACCACGACGACACCAAGUUCUUUGCCUCGGCGAUGCGCGACCUCCGAGCGUUCGCCCGGGCGCACUUGCACUCGAGCCAGACGGCGGCCGAGGUGGCCGCGUCCAACACGUGGCGUGAGGUUGCGGCCGACCAGUUCCCCUGCGUUGGCAGCAACAACAACAACAACAAGAACUAG